GCCUUACUCUAUCCUUUUCUUAUCUUUGCGGUCCAUUCGGAUUGUCGGGGGACGGGCGAGUCCGCCACUAUCCCGUGGUGCAGCACGGCUGCACGCAUGUGUAGGAGAAAAGAACGUACGAUGGGGUUUCCUCGGUGUUAUUAGCGAUGCCACCGAUGGCGUAAUUUGCGGUACCGAAUCUUGUCGCUGUUUGAACUUUCCGCCCGGGAGAAUUGCUAAGUCCGUAGGUCUGGCCGUGAGGCGAACUGUUAGGGCGGCUACAGUCGAGAAAGAGUCGGCCUGCCGAGCCCAAAUCCCGUGUUUGAGGUCUUUUCCUUGCCGCCGCCAUGUCGGCGGGCUUCUCUUUCGGAGCCGGGACUCUACCUUCGGCUACCGCGGCUCCUGCUGGUACUGGAGGUGGCGGUGGUGGAGUGGGCUUCUCGUUUGGAGGCACUCCGAGCUCAACUGGAGGUCUUAAUUUUGGGACAUUGGGCUCAACAGCUCCGGCAACUACAACAGCUCCUUCUAUAGGUUUUGGAACUGGACUUUUUAGCUCAAAACCUGCCACUGGUUUUACAUUGGGAGGGACUAAUACAGGAACAGCAACCACCGUUGCUACAGGAUUAACGCUAGGUACACCUGCUGCUACUUCUGCCAGUACCACAGGCCUUAGUCUAGGAUUCAGUAAACCUGCAGGAUCAGCCACACCAUUUUCUUUGCCUAUCACUUCUACCGCCUCUGGCCUCUCACUUUCUUCUGCUCUUGCGUCUGCUCCAGCAACAGGUUCUACCGGCUUUACGUUAAACUUGGGAGGCACUACUCCAGCCACAACGGUAUCCACAGGACUUUCUCUUGGAGGAGCCUUAGCUGGUUUAGGAGGGACACUCUUCCCAAAUGCAAGCACAGCUGCAUCAGGGCUUGGGCAGAAUGCUUUUGGUUUGACUCUAGGUACAGCUGCAGCACCUACUACUACAGUUAAUGAAGGUCUUGGUGGCAUAGACUUCAGUAGUUCUUCAGAUAAAAAGAGUGACAAACCAGGAACAAGGCCAGAGGACAGUAAAGCUCUAAAAGAUGAAAAUCUACCUCCAGUUAUCUGCCAAGAUGUAGAAAAUCUUCAGAAAUUUGUAAAAGAACAAAAACAGGUCCAGGAAGAAAUUAGUCGAAUGUCUUCCAAAGCAAUGCUUAAAGUGCAGGAGGACAUUAAAGCUUUGAAACAGCUUUUAACAGUAGCUGCCAGUGGAUUACAGAGAAACACUCUUAAUAUUGAUAAACUGAAAGUGGAAACUGCUCAGGAACUUAAAAAUGCUGAAAUAGCAUUAAGAACACAGAAAACUCCGCCUGGCCUUCAGCAUGAAAAUUCAGCACCAGCAGACUACUUCAGGAUCUUGGUUGAACAGUUUGAAGUACAACUGCAGCAGUACAGGCAACAAAUUGAAGAACUGGAAAAUCAUCUUGCUACCCAGGCAAACAAUUCCCACAUAACUCCACAAGAUUUAUCCAUGGCUAUGCAGAAAAUUUAUCAGACAUUUGUAGCUUUAGCUGCACAACUUCAAUCAAUACAUGAAAAUGUGAAGAUGCUCAAAGACCAGUAUCUUGGUUACAGAAAAACUUUUUUGGGGGAUGCUGUGGAUGUAUUUGAGGCAAGGCGAGUGGAAGCAAAGAAGUGGCAGACUGCCCCACGUGUUACAACUGGACCUACUCCUUUCAGCAAUAUACCAAAUGCAGCAGCCGUUGCCAUGGCUGCAACACUUACCCAGCAGCAACAGCCUGCUACAGGGCCACAGCCGUCUCUGGGAGUUAGUUUUGGAACGCCAUUCGGUUCAGGUAUUGGCACUGGCUUGCAAUCAAGUGGCUUAGGCUCUUCAAGCCUUGGAGGGUUUGGAAGUAGCUCUGCUUUUGGAAGCAGUGGCACAGGUGCACCAUCAUUUGGAUUUGGAGCUACAAAUAAGCCUUCAGGAAGCCUUAGUGCAGGCUUUGGCAGUUCAAGCACAUCUGGGUUUAACUUCAGCAAUCCUGGGAUCACUGCAUCUGCUGGCCUGACAUUUGGGGUGUCCAAUCCAGCCUCUGCAAGCUUUGGCACAGGAGGACAACUUCUCCAGCUAAAGAAACCUCCAGCUGGAAACAAGAGAGGGAAAAGAUAAAUGUGAAAAAGGGGUGGGUGGGGAGGGUUAGGGUCAGAGAAAAGGGAAUUCACUUAGGUCACCCUGGAAAAAAAACUCUAUUUUUUUAAGCUUGAUAUAGUAGGUGCUCUGUGUCCUUGGAGAUUUAUAACAUUUUGCUACUUCUUUCCAUUCUGGAUUAUAAAAUGUAAUUGUAACAAACAGCUAUUUUUGUGUGACUCAAACUCAUGUAAGAAUCUUGAGGGGGGGCUCUUAGUUUUAGAUAUGUACUUCAUUAUUAUGAAAUCAUGUCAGACCAUCUAUUUAACCUAAGAUUAGUAACAGAUAUUUUUGUCAACAUGCUUUAAACCAUAUAGAGAGAUGCAUAUUUGGUUUCUUUGUACAGAUAAAGUAUAUUCUAGUACAAAUGCUUGAGUCCAUGUCUUCUGUUUCUUGAUAUGGCCUUUUAAAAACAUCAGGGUGGUUUUGUUUAUAUGUAUGUAAAUAUAUACAGUAUAAAUGCACACAUAUAUGUAUACGAGUACAUACAAUACAUUUCAGAACUUGUAUCAUAAGACAGAAUGGUUCUAAGUUUGUGUUUGGGGUUCUGUCUCUCCACCUUUAUAGUGUCAGCGUAUCAGAGACCAGCUGUAACGUCUACUAAUGCAUGUGAGACACUGGGCUGUUUUGUCUGUUUUUCAUUUCUGUUCCUCCUUCCCCCCCCCCAAUUCAGUGCUUUAACUGAACUGAAUGUUCACAGUUAAUGUUCUCAAAACCAGUGCAGAAAUGUCUGCUCAUAAAAAUCACAGUAAAGUCUUCUAUGAGGGCUGUUUUCCCAUAUUGUGCUGUUCACAUGAGCAGACUGUGUACACAAGAGGUAUGCAUAAGCCAGGCUUGUUUUGGAACAGAUGGAUCCAUUUUAUGCUUAUGGCUCACUUCCGUUAUGGAGAAGACAGACUGUGCUGCUCUGGUCUUGAUCAGGUCAUCAGUAGCAUGAACUGAUAGCAUCUCCAUUCUGGAGUUGAUGCUUACCUAUCCUCAGCAGACAGCAGGCAUAGUUAAGUAGCUACAAAGGGUGGAUCAAAGCAGUACACUUGAGAGUAAAUGAUUUCACACAAUUACAACAGUACUAGUCUUGCAUUAGAGUUCAGAUUAUGGUAUCAUUGCAUGUUGAGCUGAAUCUCCAGCUCAGUUAAUGUUUUAAAACAGGAGCAACAGGAACAUUUAUUGCCUUAAAUGAGGGACUAAAGUCAUAGUCCUUGAACUGUGUUGACAGCACAGACCCCAUUCACUUCAUCGGGGCUUGUGCUAAACCAUCUCUUUUGAGGAUCAGGCCUAUUGGAUCAUUGCUGUAUCUGUAUAGAAUUUUGGUGAGGUGUAGCCUUUUUACACAAAGAAUAUUUUGUAUAUAACUUAAGCAGAUAUUCAUAGUUCUCAUCUAGGCACCUUUAAAAAAAAUAAGACAAGCUGUGCACGUACAUAUUUUCUGAUUUUGAAGUUGGCUGCUUUCAGUUGUUGAGUACUAUUUUUGUAAGUUCUAGCUGUUUUUUGUGUUCAUACAAUAGCAGGUGAUCUGGGAAAUGUACAAAUCUCGAAUGGGAUUCAGAAGCAAGGGAAAUAGCUUACUUAAGGCUUUACACACGUAUAAAUAGCACAUGAAGCUUGAGCAGUUUUUCUUUGCUAUUUGGAAGGAGGAAGCUUUUAAACUUGGUGGAAUUAAAGAAAGCUUAAACAAAUUUCAGGCCAGUUUUAUUUCAGAUUUGUGUUUAUGCUUCCGCUCAAAAUAUGUACAGACCUGAUGUGUGUUAACUGCUUUUUACAAGAUUAAAAUGUUUAGAUUUCUUUGUAUAUAAUUUGUGAAGCUAUUUUUUUAACUGUUGUCUUUGUCCACAUGUGCAGCUUUUUGUUCUACAAAUAAUAAAAUGGAUUGUGAGCCAUGUCA